UGUUAAUAGUUUUACACCUUUUUACAGGACAGUCUAUUAGAUUUAGUGAAAGCAGGCGUAGUUGGCUUCAAAUGUUUUCUCUGUCCGAGCGGUGUAGAAGAAUUUCCUAACGUGGGGAUGCUAGAUCUGAAAAAAACAUUCUCAACACUGGAAGGAACAGGAUCUUUACUAGCUUUCCACGCGGAGCUUGAAGAUGAUAAACUGAAAACUAAUGAAAAUGUAGAGAAAGGAGAUCCAGAGGAUUAUACGUGUUACCUAAAUUCGAGACCUCCGAGCAUGGAGAUGAAUGCCGUAUCAUUAAUAAUGAACAACUUUAUAGACAAAACAGAUGUUAGAGUACAUAUCGUCCACGUGUCUUCUGCUGAUGUUGUUCCCGUGUUAUCUGAUGCAAGAAAGAGACGUUUAGAAAAAGGAAGUAAAGCUUGGCGCGGUGGUGUAACUGCCGAAACUUGCCAUCAUUAUUUGAACCUUAUAGCUGAAAAUAUACCAAAGGGACACAGUGAAUAUAAAUGUGCGCCUCCGAUACGUGAUGAAAUGAACAAGGAGAAGCUUUGGCAAUAUUUACUAGAAGAUAAAUUGGACCUAGUCGUUUCGGAUCACUCUCCUUGUACACCUGAGCUGAAAUGCAGUGACAAUUUAAAAGCUUGGGGAGGAAUAGCAUCCGUUCAGUUUGGUCUCUCUUUAUUUUGGACGGCUGCGAGUGCUCGAAGUCUUGAUUUGAUCUCGAUAAGUAAAUACUUGUCCUCUGGGCCGGCACAUCUUUGUGCUCUUCAGAACCGCAAGGGCGCUAUAAAGCCAGGACUUGAUGCGGAUCUUGUAUUCUUUGAUCCAGAAGCAACGUUCCUCGUAACACGCGACAUGAUACGACAUAAAAAUAAGCUAACGCCGUACAUGGGUAAAAUACUCAAAGGAGUAGUCAGAGAAACAUAUCUCCGUGGACAACAAAUAUAUGUUAAUGGUGAAAUUAUUGGUGAGCCAAAGGGAAAAUUAUUGUUGAAUGAAUUAUAAUUAGACUAUCUAUGUAUAAUUUC